UAUAUAUAUCAGCACGUAUAUUCUAUAAUAGUAGGACACUUCGACAUCAAGCCAUUAGACGGUCGUUCAGUAGCUAUGUCUUCGCUACCUUGUUGCAAGCUCAUCGCUCUUUUGAUCGCUUUACAGGUGACGUUUUCGCACGGCCAACAGAGAAAUUCUGGAGGCAGCUGUGAACCAAUGUUCCUUUACACGCAUCGAUCACCGAUCAGAGUUGGGUGCUCCGCUAAGUGCCCCGGAGGAACACAGUAUACUGUAUCCGUCCGACAAACAAAUGUAGAGUGCAUCGCAAUCGAUAUUGAAGAUGCUCAAAAGAUGCAGGCUUUUCUCGGCUACGGAUGCCCGGUUGGUCGAUGCCAAAGCGACGGUACCUGCAAACCAAACGGCCUUACCGUAGAAUGUUGGAAGCCAUGCCCCCAUUUGUAUGGCUGCAAGGAAACUUGAUUCAGUAUAUCGUCAGGAUUCUAGAAGAAGGUGUGGAACAAGCAGACAACCGCGCUUUUGUGUUUUCUUCUUUCUCUGUUUCCAAUAAACUCCAGUGCUAUACAAAAAUAUCCGAAUAAAAAUCUGCUCGAUCA